GGCGCUCAGGGGCGUCUAAAUAUCAGAGACAGGUGUGGAUCUGAACUCUGCAGGAUCUCAGGAGCUGGACUGGUCACUCCUGCUGUAACGCAAGUUAAGGAAGCAAAUUCAGUUUGAAACAAUGAGCGCAUUUCUCUGUUAUUCUUUUUCAAAGAUGAAGUGACACUAAACUUAUGUAAAAUUAAAACUGUGUUUAAAAAAAUAGAAUAAUGUUAUUAAAAUAGAGCCUGGUGUGUUGGAUCUGAACUCUUCAGUGUGGUAGAUCUCCAGCAGCUGGAUUUAGCACUCCCGAGCUAAACUAUCAAAUAAAAACAUCCUGGCUCCCGAUUCUAUAUUGCAACAUGAACUCUCAAAGAAUGAUUCGCGUGUUUAAAUGGUUCUUUGCAGGGUGGAAUUGUUCUUGGGAUUAUUGAAUUAAUGGAUUCAGAUUGUUCUGUACGGUUCUAUACAGAACCUUUUUGAAAAUUGUUAUAUAUAGCACCAAAAUCAUUCUUCUGCAGUUGCGCUGUCAAGCUCGUAUACAACAGAAAAACCCUUUCCACCAGUCUGAAGAAUGAUUUCACCAUGAAAAGAAGGAUUUCAGCAUGCAAAGGGUUCUUUGAAUGUCCAUGGAUCUAUAUAGAUCCAUUGUCUUUAUUAAAAAUUCCUUGAAGAAUCAUCUUUUUUCACAUAGAACCUCCAACAGUACUGUCAUAGCAUUGUUUCAUGUCACGUUUUUGGAUAUUCUUUCUCUUUGUUUUUCGUUUCUCUUUCAGAAAAGAAUGACUUCUUGUUGCAAGUCUUCUCCCGUUCACUUCCCAAAAUACUUCAAAUUUGCCUCGACAAACACAUCAGGAGUUGCCGCGGAGACAAAUGUCAGCGGAGAUUGAAGGUGAGAAUAUGGCGUCCGCAAGUAGCUCCGAUACUCAGCAAAUAUCCUCUGGUUCUCUCCGCAAGAACGCGUCCCGCAGACGGACACAGAAAAAUCCAAGCAAACAAAGACGUCACCACUGCUCCGAGUGCGGGAAGAGAUUCACUCAGCUGUGUCAUCUCCAAAGACACCAGCGCAUCCACACUGGAGAGAAACCGUAUUACUGUUUACACUGUGGGAAAAGUUUCAGUGACCAGCGUAAUCUCCAAACACAUGAGCGCAUUCACACCGGAGAGAGACCCUAUCAGUGCUCGGAGUGCGGAAAGAGUUUUAAUCAACAGAGUACUCUCAACGUACACCACCUCAUUCACACAGGAGAGAAACCGUACCAGUGCUCGGAGUGUGGACGGAGUUUUAACCGUCAGAGUAAUCUACAAGUCCACCAGCGCAUCCACACCGGAGAGAAACCGUAUUACUGCUCGGACUGCGGGAUCAGUUUCAGACAUUCAAACACAAAGGCGCACAAAUGCGCUAAGACGGAGUAUUCAAUGACGAUGCAUCAAAAGGAAUGGCUUCUUGUUCCUGCUCCUAGUGAUCACUUUCACCGUUCAGAUUUAGCUGCACAAACACAUCAGGAGUGGUCACUGUUGAAAUCCGCAAAGAGUAAAUGUGAGAAUAUGGCGUCCACAGGUAGCUCCAGUAUUCCUCAAACAUCCUUUGGCACCCUUUGCAUGAACACAUCUCGCAGUGAAAUACCAAAAAACAUAAGCAAGGAGAGACGUCACCACUGCUCUGAGUGCGGGAAGAGAUUUACUCAACUGCAUGAUCUCCAAAGACACCAGCGCAUUCACACAGGAGAGAGACCGCAUCAGUGCACAGAGUGCGGAAAGAGUUUUACGCAAAAGGGAACUCUAAAGCUACACCAGCGCAUCCACACUGGAGAGAAAGUGUAUCACUGCUCUGAGUGUGGAAAGAGUUUUACUCGACUUUGUCAUCUCCAGAGACACCAGCGCAUUCACACAGGAGAGAAACCGUUUUAUUGUUUAUGCUGCGGAAAAACAUUUAAUAACAAACGUAAUCUUCAAACACACGAGCGCAUUCAUACAGGAGAGAAACCGUAUUACUGCUCAGAGUGUGGCAAGAGUUUUACCCAGCAGAUUACUCUGAACCUUCAUCAGCUCAUUCACACAGGAGAGAAACCGUAUCAGUGCUCAGAGUGUGGACGGAGUUUUAACCGUCGGAGUAAUCUACAUGUCCACCAGCGCAUCCACACCGGAGAGAAGCCGUAUUACUGCUCGGACUGCGGGAUCAGUUUCCGACAUUCAAAUACGAAGGCGCACAAAUGCGUUAAGACGGAGAAAGGACUGGCUUCUUGUUGCAAGUCUUUUCCUCCUCCUCCUAGUAAUCAACUCCCAACACAGUUCAAAUUUACCUGCACCAAUACAUCAGAAGUUGCCACUGAGAUGAAUGUUACACUGCUGAAGUCAGUAGAGAUUAAAUAUGAGAAUAUGCCCUCCACAAGUAGCUUUAGUGCUCAGCAUACAUCUUCUGGUGCUCUCAACUCAAACACAUCUCAUGGACAUAUACAGAAAUGUAAGGAGAGACGUUAUCGUUGCUCCGAUUGUGGGAAGAGAUUUAUUCAACUGUGUCAUCUCAAAGCGCAUCGACACAUUCACACAGGAGAGAGACCGUAUCAGUGCUCAGGGUGUGAAAAGAGUUUUAAGCAACUAAGUCAUCUCCAAAGACAUCAGCGCAUUCACACAGGAGAGAAACCGUAUCAGUGCUCAGAGUGUGGAAAGAGUUUUAACCGUCAGAAUAAUCUACAAGUCCACCUGCGCAUCCACACAGGAGAGAAACCAUAUUACUGCUCAGACUGUGGGAAGAGUUUCAGACAUUCAAAAUUAAAUACACACAAAUGCAUUAAGAAGGAGGUAAUCAUUUAUGACACUUGGUCGGAGUUCCGGUGUGAGUCCCCCUGCAGCCCAGGUGGGGGCGCUACAUCUUCAUCUGUGGUUCUACAAAGACAAAACGGUGGAGCAGGAGAAGAAGAUCCUGUUGUGAUCAGCGGUCCACGCCUCCGCCGGUGUGCAGGGCUGCAGGGGGCGGAGAGGAAGACGCUGCUCUGUGGUUUACUCAGCUACACACUUCAGAUCUACCAAAAACACAAGAACAGGUUCCACCAAGAGGAAUACAGACUUCUGAAAUCAGGGCUGAUUAAAUGUGAGAAUAAGGUUUCCAGAAGAAGCUCCAGUACUCGGCAGACAAGCUCUGGUCCUGUAUGUGGUAACACAUCUCGCAGGUUAAUGGAGGAAAAUACAGACAAAGAGACUCAACGGAGAAGUCUUCAAGUCCACCAGGUUGUCCACACGGCAGAGAAACCAUAUCACUGCACCACGUGUGGAAGGGGCUUUGCUCAACGCAGUCAUCUCCAAAGACACCAACUACUCCACACUGAAGAGAAGCUGUAUCCCUGCUCAGAGUGUGGGAAGAGUUUUCAUCAGCUGAAAAGUCUCGAAGUCCACCAGUUUAUUCACACAGGAGAGAAACCGUAUCAGUGCUCAGAGUGUGGGAGGGGUUUUGCUCAAAGCGGUCAUCUCCAAAGACACCAACUCGUCCACACAGGAGAGAAGCCGUAUCGCUGCUCAGAGUGUGGGAAGAGUUUUACUCAAAAAAAUAGUCUCCAAGUCCACCAGCGCAUGCACACAGGAGAGAAACCGUUUAGCUGUUCAAAGUGUGGGAGGAGUUUUAAACAACUGGGUCAUCUUGAAGUUCACCUGGGCGUUCACACCAAAGAGAAGCCGUAUCACUGCUCAGAGUGUGACAAGAGUUUUGGAGCUCUUCAGACUCUAAGAAGCCACCAGCGCAUUCACACAGAAGGGAAGCUGUACUGCGCAGAGUGUGGGAAGAGUUUUAAUGAACGGAGUCACCUCCGACUACACCAGCGCAUUCACACCGGAGAGAAGCCGUAUCAGUGUUCAGACUGCGGGAAGAGUUUUAAUCGAACCACUCAUCUCCGUACACACCAGCGCGUUCACACUGGAGUUAAACCGUAUCCCUGUUCGGAGUGUGGAAAGAGUUUUAAUCAUCCAAGCAGCCUCAAAGUCCACCAGCGCAUCCACUCAGGAGAGAAACCUUAUCAGUGCCCAGAGUGUGGGAAGAGUUUUAAUCAGCCAAGCAGCCUCGAAGUACACCAACGCAUCCAUACUGGAGUGAAACCAUAUCAGUGCUCAGAGUGUGAGAGGAGAUUUACUCAACAGAGUUCUCUCAGAGUCCACCAGCGCAUCCACUCAGGAGAGAAACCGUAUCAGUGCCCAGAGUGUGGGAAGAGUUUUAAUCAGCAGAGCAUUCUUCACGCGCACCAGCGCAGUCACACUGGAGAGAAGCCGCAUCACUGCUCAGACUGCGAGAAGAGCUUUAGGCUUUUGAGGUCUCUGAAGAUGCACAAGUGCACUAACACGGCAAAAACCUGUGAUGCCUCUGCCAGUUGUCACCUGCAAAAGUUCUCUGACGACUCUGCUAUCGUCUGCCUCAUCACAGACGGAGAUGACAGGGAGUACAGAGAACUGACGCAGGACUUUGUGGAAUGGUGCCAGAGGAACUGCCUGCAGAUCAACGCAGGAAAAACCAAGGAGCUGGUGGUGGACUUCCGCAAGUCCAAACAUUCUCCUCCAGUGCCUGUGAACAUCCAGGGAAUGGACAUUGAGAUUGUGAAGUCCUAUAAGUCGGAGUUCCGGUGUGAGUCCCCCUGCAGCCCAAGUGGGGGCGCUACAUCUUCAUCUGUGGUUCUACAAAGACAAAACGGUGGAGCAGGAGAAGAAGAUCCCGUUGUGAUCAGCGGUCCACGCCUCCGCCGGUGUGCAGGGCUGCAGGGGGCGGAGAGGAAGACGCUGCUCUGUGGUUUACUCAGCUACACACUUCAGAUCUACCAAAAACACAAGAACAGGUUCCACCAAGAGGAAUACAGACUUCUGAAAUCAGGGCUGAUUAAAUGUGAGAAUAAGGUUUCCAGAAGAAGCUCCAGUACUCGGCAGACAAGCUCUGGUCCUGUAUGUGGUAACACAUCUCGCAGGUUAAUGGAGGAAAAUACAGACAAAGAGACUCAACGGAGAAGUCUUCAAGUCCACCAGGUUGUCCACACGGCAAAGAAACCAUAUCACUGCACCACGUGUGGAAGGGGCUUUGCUCAACGCAGUCAUCUCCAAAGACACCAACUACUCCACACUGAAGAGAAGCUGUAUCCCUGCUCAGAGUGUGGGAAGAGUUUUCAUCAGCUGAAAAGUCUCGAAGUCCACCAGUUUAUUCACACAGGAGAGAAACCGUAUCAGUGCUCAGAGUGUGGGAGGGGUUUUGCUCAAAGCGGUCAUCUCCAAAGACACCAACUCGUUCACACAGGAGAGAAGCCGUAUCGCUGCUCAGAGUGUGGGAAGAGUUUUACUCAAAAAAAUAGUCUCCAAGUCCACCAGCGCAUGCACACAGGAGAGAAACCGUUUAGCUGUUCAAAGUGUGGGAGGAGUUUUAAACAACUGGGUCAUCUUAAAGUUCACCUGGGCGUUCACACCAAAGAGAAGCCGUAUCACUGCUCAGAGUGUGACAAGAGUUUUGGAGCUCUUCAGACUCUAAGAAGCCACCAGCGCAUUCACACAGAAGGGAAGCUGUACUGCGCAGAGUGUGGGAAGAGUUUUAAUGAACGGAGUCACCUCCGACUACACCAGCGCAUUCACACCGGAGAGAAGCCGUAUCAGUGUUCAGACUGCGGGAAGAGUUUUAAUCGAACCACUCAUCUCCGUACACACCAGCGCGUUCACACUGGAAUUAAACCGUAUCCCUGUUCGGAGUGUGGAAAGAGUUUUAAUCAUCCAAGCAGCCUCAAAGUCCACCAGCGCAUCCACUCAGGAGAGAAACCGUAUCAGUGCCCAGAGUGUGGGAAGAGUUUUAAUCAGCAGAGCAUUCUUCACGCGCACCAGCGCAGUCACACUGGAGAGAAGCCGCAUCACUGCUCAGACUGCGAGAAGAGCUUUAGGCUUUUGAGGUCUCUGAAGAUGCACAAGUGCACUAACACGGCAAAAACCUGUGAUGCAAGUGAAAAUAAGGUUUCCAGAAGAAGCUCCAGUACUUGGCAGACGUCCUUUGGUACACUAUGUGAUAACACAUCUCUCAGACUAAUGGAGGAAACUACAGACAAAGAGAGAACUCACUAUUGCCUGGACUGUGGGAAGAGCUUUCCUCAUUGGAAUAAUCUCCAACGACACAAACUCGUUCACACAGGAGAGAAGCCGUAUCAGUGCUCAAAGUGUGGGAGGGGUUUUGCUCAAAGCGGUCAUCUCCAAAGACACCAACUCGUUCACACAGGAGAGAAGCCGUAUCAGUGCUCAAAGUGUGGGAAGAGUUUUACUCAAAAAAAUAGUCUCCAAGUCCACCAGCGCAUCCACACUGGAGAGAAACCGUUUAGCUGUUCAGAGUGUGGGAAGGGUUUUAAUCGACAGAGUCAUCUCCAAGCACACCAGCACGUUCACACAGGAGAGAAGCAGUGUCACUGUUCAGAGUGUGGAAAGAGUUUUGGAGACAUUGGUACUCUAAAAAAACACCAGCGCAUUCACACAGGAGAGAAACUGCAUUACUGCUCAGACUGUGGAAUAAGUUUUAGGCAACAAGGUCAUCUCCAACUACACCAGCGCAUUCACACCGGAGAGAAGCCGUAUCAGUGUUCAGACUGCGGGAAGAGUUUUAGUCGAAAUACUCAUCUCCGGACACACCAGCGCGUUCACACUGGACUGAAGCCGUAUCCCUGUUCAGAGUGUGGAAAGAGUUUUAAUCAUCCGAGUAGUCUCCAAGUACAUCAACGCAUUCACACUGGACUGAAGCCGUAUCAGUGUUCAGAGUGUGGGAGGAGAUUUACUCAACAGAGUGCUCUCAAAUCACACCAGCACAGUCACACUGGAGUGAAACCGUAUCACUGCUCAGAGUGUGGAAAAACAUUUAAUCAUCCAAGCAGCCUCGAAGCACACGAACGCAUCCAUACGGGAGAGGAACCCUAUCACUGCUCAGAGUGUGAGCGGAGCUUUAAGUAUUUGAAGUCUAUAAAGAUGCACAAGUGCACCAAGAGGAAGGCAAAAACCUGAGAUGCAGGAGUAUCAAAUUAGAAAACGUUCAUUAUAUAAUGGGGGUUACAUAAACUAGUCAGCCAGUAAGUUGAGGACGGUGCCUAAAAUACAGCGGUGAUAAAAACUGCAGUGAAGACUUAACUGUGUGAAGUGCUUCAGUUCUGUCCUUCAGACUGACGGACUGUCUAUAAAUAAGGGUUCAUUAUUUGAAGCUGAGUCAAACCAAUUAACCAAACAAUAAAAAUAAACGUUUCACGAUUUGCAUUAGGAUUGACUGACUUCAUUGAGUCAGUUAGGAUUUAACCAAUCAGGUAGCUAAUUAGUUCAGUGGUGUAGUGCCAAAAUCAUCACUGUUAUUAGCCACAGGUCAC